AUGGGGCGCGAGGUUCGGCGGGCGCCUUCCCGGAAGCGGAAGCUCGGGGGGCGGGCCAAGGCGGGUUGGGAGCCAGUGGCGGUUAAUUCCUUUUGCCGUGCAGUCUUGCUGUCCUCCGUCUGGGCUUCUCUAAGCCUGCCAGAGAUGGUCAGGUCCGGAUCUCGGCCGGGCCAGGUAUUGUCUUCAGGAAGGCACCCUGGAUCUGCUAAAUUAACAAAUGGAAAGAAAGGGACCCACAUAAGAAAAAUAUCACGUUUUAAUGCAGAUUCAUGCUGUCCCAUCCAUUCUGAUUCAGAAAGUCAGGUAAGAUUAAAUUGAGAGACUCUAAUGCACACCAGUUAGUCUUCAAGCAUGUUGCGGGACAUUUUGAGAAAUGAAGAUUCAGGUGCAGAAGCAGCAUAUUCAGCCAAUAAAUGUAAUUCCAGAUCUUUAGAAGGCAAAAAAUGCAGAUCUAAAAAAAAAGGACAUGAAAAACAUACUGUUCCUUCAGUAGUUCAGAAAGAAAUAUUAUUUUUGGAUAAUAAGAAACAAAUACCUAGUGAAGUUUCUGCUGGAAGUGAAAGAGACACAUCAGACACAGCACAAAAUUGGUCAUUACAAGAUCAUUAUAGAAUGUAUUCACCAAUAAUAUACCAAGCCCUCUGUGAGCAUGUGCAGACUCAGAUGUCAUUGAUGAAUAACUUUUCGUCCAAGAAAGGCCCCAAUGGGAUUCCUUCUGUACCUUGCCAUACUGUAUCUGAUUCUGAAUCUCAGACUACGCCACACUCGAAUUAUGCCGGCUCUACCUCCACCCCAGUCUGGUCACCUCAGCGGCCACCCUGCCCUCCAGUGGUUCAUUCUGAAGUUCAAACCGAUGGUGGUAACCAGUUUGCAUCUCAAGGUAAAGCAAUGUCUGUGAACGAUCUUAAUGUUCCGAGGAGCUCAUUCGGUGCCAGUCCUGGAGUUUCAUGUGGCCUGCCCCAAACUGACAAAGCAGCUGUUCCCACAUUUCAGGAGCUGAGUCUUGCUAAUUGGAUUCUGCCACAACAAGGAGUCUGUAAGGAAGCAGACUUACUAAAGUGUCUUCAAACACGUAUGACUUUGUUUCAAUCUCUUGAAAAAGAAACUCUCCUAGACAGUAAAAUACACAGGAGCCCAACCCAGCUACAGCCAGCUUUCUUGGCCUCUGGUGAAGAAAGAUGUGCCAGAGAACAAAUUGCAGAGGUCAUAAACGAAGGAAACUGUUUAAAUGUGCAUGUGCAAGAUGCGGAAAUAGUCCAGGAUGUACAGAAAGCAAAAAAUGUGAACCAGGCUGCUGAAAAAGUUAGAACUAUAAAAUAUUUGCUGAGAGAGCUCAAGGCCCUAGUAGUAGAACAAGAAGAUUCAGAAAUUCAGAGGUUGGUAAUUGAAGUGGAAGCAUGUAUAACUGGACUUUUAGCAGCAAGUGGAAACACAGAUAUUCAAGUUGAAAUAGCACUGGCCAUGCAACCACUGAGAAGUGAAAAUGCUCAGCUAAGAAGGCAAUUGAGAAUUUUGAAACAGAAACUCAGAGAACAAGAAAAAACUCCAGAGGCAUAUGGUAAUAUGGAAUGCAACCCUGAAUUGUUCUCCCUUCAGUCAUUGAAUAUGUCCCUGCAAAAUCAAUUGCAAGAGUCACUGAAGAGCCAGGAAUUACUACAGAAUAAAAAUGAAGAACUGUUAAAAGUCAUUGAAAAUCAAAAAGAUGAAAACAAAAAAUUUACUAAUAUAUUUAAAGACAAAGAUCAAACUCUUCUUGAAAGUAAACAGCAGUUUGACAUUGAGAUAACAAGAGUAAAACUUGAAUUGGAGGAAGCCUUGGUCAAUGUGAAAGACACGCAGUUUAAGUUAGAAACUGCUGAAAAGGAAAAUCAAAUAUUGGGGAUAACACUACGUCAGCGUGAUGCUGAGGUGGCUCGCCUGAGAGAAUUAACCAGAACGUUACAGAACAGUAUGGCAAAGCUGCUCUCAGAUCUUAGUGUGGAUACUACUACUCGCUGCAAGCCUGGGAAUAACCUUACCAGAUCACUUCUGCACAUCUAUGAUAAACAACUUCAACAGGACCCAGCCCCUUCUCACACUUCUGUAAUGAGCUACCUUCAUAAGUUAGAAGCAAAUCACAGUUUUACACCUUUUGCAGUUAACUCAGAGCCACUUUCUGCAGUUAACACUGAGAAAAUCAUAAAGCCAGUCAGAUCCUAUGAAAAUGUGUUGCCUCCCCAUGGGGACACUAGGGUCAUGGAGACAGUAUCCACUCCAGGAAUUUUUCCUGCCCUUUCAAAACAGGAUUCUGAUGUGGAGUGUGAAAGCAUGACCUUAAUAGAGGAUGAGUGUGAUAUGAAUAGUACAAUUUAUAUUCCUUUUGCUAGAAGUACUUCUAGAAAGAAUUCACCACUUUCUAAAAGAAUAUCUCCCCAGCCACAGGUAAGUAUUGCUACACCCCAGCUGGUCAGCAAUAGUGCAGUGACCCCGGAAACAGAACGUAAACUGUGUGCACCUGUACUUUGUGUGAAUAACGAAGCACAAGAUAUACCUGAAAAACUGUGCAGAACAGCUGAUGCAGAAGACCAACAACUCCUCAAGAAAAUAAAGGAAGCAAUUGGUAAGAUCCCUGCUGCCACCAGAGAGCCAGAAGAUCAGGCCCAUCAUGGCCCAUCAGCUUGUCACACCACCAGUGUCCCAGGGAAAGGGAGUGCUGUCUGUGAUGGCAGCUUUUUAAAUUCUGACCUGAUGUCAGACUGGAGCAUCUCUUCUUUUUCAACAUUCACUUCUCAUGAUGAACAAGACUUCAGAAAUGGGUUGGCAGCACUAGAUGCCAACAUAGCAAGGCUCCAGAAGUCCUUGAGGACUGGCAUUCUGGAGAAAUGAGAUGAGAGGAAAACUGACUUCUUUCUCAUUUAGAUUAGAACUUGGCUACAUUGAAGAUAUAAUGG